AUGAGUAAAAAAGAGAAGAAGGAAACCCUUAAACGCGGCACAGUUAUAGAAAAUUAUCAAGUAAAUGAUUUAAUUGGCCAAGGUGGCUAUGGUGAGAUAUAUACUGUGCAUACUUUAACAGAUUCAACGAUGUAUGCAAUGAAAGUUGAAGCAUUAGACUGUGAAAAGCAAGGACUUGUUUGCGAAAUUGAAACUCUCCUGAAACUUCAAGACUCUCCACACUUCCCGAAAAUUAAUGGAUAUGGUGUUACAGAUACCUUUAGAUAUCUAGUAAUGACACUAUGUGGUUUAAGCAUUUCUAAUACAAGAAGACUUUUACCAAACAGAAGAAUGAGUCUUCUCACUGUAACGAGAAUCGGAUUAUAUAUGUUAGAUUGUAUAGAAGAUUUCCAUAGACAUGGCUUCAUUCAUAGAGACAUAAAACCAGGAAAUUUCAUUUUCAAUGAUAAUAAUGAAAUUCCUCUCGUUCUUAUUGAUUUUGGUUUAUCAAAAUGUUACAUUGAUCCGAAAACCCACCAACAUCUCCCGGAAAGACCAAAAUCAGGAUUUAGAGGUACUUCUAAAUACGCUUCAAUGAACGCUCACUCAUACAAAGAUCAAUCUCAAAGAGAUGAUUUAAUCAGCUGGAUGUACUCAUUAAUUGAACUAUACAAUGGACGCUUGAUAUGGUCCAAAGCAAAAGACAACGCUUCCACCCGUAAAAUAAAACAAUCAACUCCAGAUACAGAACUACUCAGCGGAUUACCUACAGGAUAUGCCGAAGUUUGGUAUUACAUAAACGCUCUGGGUUUCGCCGAAAUGCCAGAUUUUGAUAAAAUAAGGAAAAUUUUACUUCAGAUCAUAUUCGAUAGUAACCAUUCAUUUUCAGAUCCAUUUGACUGGGAAUCCAUACCAGAAAGCAAAGUUUCACGAGUUUCUCCAUUUGUUCCUCUUCCAAAAGCUGCAAAUCUCGUUCAGAAUUAUUUUGAAAAGUAUGGAAUCACUGGUAAGCAUAAGGCUGUUCAAGGAGACACAAAAUGUACUUGUUGUAGAAUUUAA